AUGGUUUCUCACAGGAAACAGAAUUCUCGGCAGCGAUCGUGUUUUCAAUUUUCACCAUUCUUUAUUGUAAUUUUCUGUUUUUACCGAGGAAAAGAGUUACGUUUUGAGGGGAAAAUGUCUGUGUCAAUGGAUGAUAAGCUUGUUGGCGAGAAGGCCCACUAUUACUGCAGCAGCAGUGAAGAAGAAGAAGAAGAGGAGGAGGAGGACUAUGGAGAAGAUGAUACUCCUCAGAAAACGAUCAGAGAACCAACUUUUAUUCCUGAACCUGAGAUUAAAAAAUAUGAAGGAACAUGUACUAAUACAGGUGUGAAAGGAGUCAUCAAUGAUUGGCGAGAAUACAAGAAAUUAGAAACGGAAAAAAAGGAAGAACAGGAACAAGAAAGAAAAAAGUUGCUUAAAAAACUUUCUAUGACUUGUCGUUCCCAUCUUGAUGACGAGAAAGAAAAAGAAAAAGACCAAAGAUUCCAAGAAGAAAUUGAGAAAGAACUUGAAGAGUUGGAAGACGAAUUCAUUCGGGAAUAUCGUCGCAAACGGCUUGAAGAAAUGAGAAAACAAAUAGAUAAUAUACCAAAGUUUGGAAGAGUCUAUGACGUGGUUGCUGAUAAUUUUGUAGACAAUAUUGACAAAGAAAAUCCAACAGUGACUAUUAUAGUUCACGUAUUUGGACAUAAAGUCGAUGCUUGUGAGGCUAUGGAUGGAUGCAUACAAUGUCUGUCGCAGGAAUACCCCUCCAUUAAAUUCUGCAGAAUCAGUGCUAAAGAUGCAAAGCUUAGUCGGAAAUUUGCAACUGAAGGAGUUCCAGCCCUGUUGAUUUACAAAGCGGGUGAGAUGAUUGGAAACUUCAUUGCUUUGGGAAAGGAAUUUGGUGAAGACUUUUUUGCAACGGACAUUGAAAGCUUCCUUCAAGAGCAUGGAUUUCUACCAAAUAACAACUCUGUGGAUACAGUGAUCAAAGCCAGCAAGACGGUUCGUCAGUGUGAAACUCCAUUAUCUAUCUAUCUAUCUAUCUAUCUAUCUAUCUAUCUAUCUAUCUAUCUAUCUAUCUAUCUAUCUAUCUAUAUAUAUAUAUAUAUAUAUAUAUAUAUAUACCAGGUGUAA